GUCCCGGACAAAACGUCGCGAUUUUCGAUUUUCACCUUUGGCGCAUCGUCGCACCUCCACUUCAUCUCUUUGAUCUGCUCACAAUUUCAAGCCAAGCAAAUCCAAAGCCAACAACAUCAAAAACAAUGAAAGCUCCUUCUCCUACCAUGGAUUUUUCCGAACUCAAAUCCUCCUUUCCUCGCACCCUACACAAGAUGCUCACUGAGAUCGACGCGAGGGCCGAACGCGAUGGUGAUACCAAGCUUCAGCAGAUCAUCAGCUGGCAAGAGCACGGAAUGGCCUUCAAGAUCCAUGACAGGAAGAAGCUCAUGGAUUUGGUAAUGCCAGUCUGGUUUCCUCGUUUGAAGUACUCCAGUUGGGUUCGUCAGCUCAACAGUUACGGCUUCAAGAGAGUGAUCAACGAAGGAAACGACAAAUCGUGCGUCUACCACGAAAAGUUCCUCCGCGAUAUGCCUGAGAUGGCCGCCACCAUCGAUAGAGUCCCACGCAAGAAGAAGAGCAGCACAACAGAAAGCGACCCCGCCUUCGACAGCUUUAGCGCCGCUCCAGUUCCAGCUCCAUCUUUCGGAUUGUCUUUGAUGAAGAAAUCUUCCGAACGAAAGUGCAUGUCAGCCCCUCCUUCUACCAGCAACGGCCUCCACGAUUUGUUGCUUCGCACCAAGACAUCGAACAACUUCGGUCUUCCUUCUACUCCGUGGAAUUCAGCCGCACAGGGUCAGCAGCAAGAACAGAAUCUUUUGGGAAUGCAUAUUUUUGUUCCUGGCAGCAAGGAAUGCCACAACAGUGAUGACGACGACUCUGCUGCUGAUAUGUCCAUGUUCAAUGCCUUUAACCAGGCUUCCAAAGCCUUUGACACAGAAACUGAGGUAGUACCAGCAGCAACCAUUCCAUGGGAUGAUAAUCUGUUCCAAGAAGAUAUGGAACCACUGCGUGUCUUCGCUCCUGGUACAUCUGGUUCUCAGCAACACUUCCACUUCCAACCAUGAUCACGUACAGUGACCAGGCUCCGCCAAAACCUCCAUGUGGCAUCUCCCUCAUCAUCUGCAACAGCUGCUACUCCAAGAAGAGCCAUCAAGGAACAGCUCAAUGCUUCUUCUCGGUGAAUGAAUCGAAUUGCACAAGCAUACGCACAAGCAUACGCCCAGCUACCGUAGCUAGCUUCAAGCAAGAUUUGAUCCAGGAAAAGGCGCCAGAGCGCCUGGCUACUAGAUCAAGUGAGCCCUCCGGGAAUGCUGCUUGAAUAGAGCAACCACAACUAGACCACUGCAUUGUAUGAAAUAACUUCCAUAAACUCUCCAUUAAUUUUAAAAAUGAACAACAUGCUGCUUGU